AUGUCUGGGAUGGACGUCCCACUGGUGGACCACAAUGACACUGGAGUCUCUCCAAUAGACGACGGGACCUUCCUGCGUUUCUCUCCGACCUCUGUCUCCACCUCGGCCGCCGCCUCGUCCCCGGGUCGUCCGGGCAACGUGUACGUCUACGUGUGGCUCUUCCUCGGCCUGCUGGUGUUCCUGCUCACGCUGCUCAUCAUCUCCCUCCACAGGCUGAAGAACAUCAUCUCCUCCUCCUCCUCGGUGCCCGACUGCAGCAGCGAAGGGGGGAGCUCCUUCACCAACAUGGAGAUCUGUAGCAUCUCGUCCCAGAGGUCCACCAUCUCCUCACUGUCCACCUGA